CCGUCCCCAUCCUUCACGCAUCUCGAAGGAUUCCAUCUUCCCUUUGCUUUAGGGAUCCGCUGCCGCUCUCUCGUGCGAUCGUUGUUAACGAUGAGCGACAAGAUAGUAAUAACCUACAAGCGAAAGCGUUCCUCAUCACAAUCUGAUCUUACCAAAGCCAGAAAAGUUGAUUCUUCGGAAAAGACUGAGCAGGAAAUGCUCCCAAAAGCUGAACUUGAUGCUUUCGAUGAGAGGUUUGAUCAAGUUAGCGUGAUGCCUGAUAUUGGAAAAGAAGCCGCAGCUAAGAUUGAACCACAUGAAGCCUUUUCUCGAGCGAGAUGUGAUGCAGAAAUAGUUGGAGAGUCACAACCUCCAUGUUCCCACGGUGAAUCUAUGGGGUUGACCACAACUGACACAACAAAAAACUACAUUACAGUUGAAAACGAGCAGCCAGAUUUAGCCCAAAAUGAGAUAGUGACCAGAGAGGAAACAGGAGAUAAGGUGGUUGAGGAGAGAGGUCAUGAGAACCUUGUUAAGCCUCAAAGUUCUACUCCAAAUCGUGCGGCAGUAUUGCCGGAUGAGAAUAGUGAUGGUAAGGCCAAAAAAACAGAAGGGCUGGUAAAUGUUGAUAAGGCACUGCAGGAGUUCUCUGAUGUGGAGAGGAUUGGUGUGUAUAGCGGACAGGCAUCAUACAGAAUGGCUUCUUCCUCCUUGCGCCCGGUUGGUUCAUCUGUGCAGAAUCAACUUGAUCCGGUGAGUUCUAGCAUAAGAAAUUAGCACUCUUAGGAGGCUUGCUGAACCUGCCGGUUUACUAUGAUUCGGCCGGUUUGGCUGAUUUAGUAUGGUACGAUCAAUAUUUGCCGAUUUGAUAGUCGAAGGCACACAGUGUCCAAUA